UUGACUGACACAUGAAUAAAAAAUAGCCUCAUGCCCACUUGUCUUCCUUUCAAGAACCCAUAAAAUACUAUAUAUACGUAUCUCCAUAAAGACACCAUAUUCAGAUCUAAUUAAGAAACAAGUCCUAUCCUAGCAAUCAUCUGACAAAACAUGUCCAAUCCACAGCAACAGUGGACGCCCGCCCAAGCCCCCAAUCAAGCCCAGGAGGCUGGCGCAGAGAGGGUGACCCAAUCGUCUGUAAGUUCAGGAAAUUCAGCCCAGUCCAUAAGGGAGUCUUCCCAACAAGCGGACCAGCCUCAAGGGUUCCUCGAACAGACAGCAGGACAAGUGAUGGAUAUGGCUCACGGGGCAGGGAAAAGGGUGAUGAACGUGGCUCAAGGGGCAGGUGAGACGGUGAUGAAUGUGGCUCAAGGUACUGGACAGACCGUCAUGAGCGCGGCUCAUGGUGCGAGGGAGACCGUCAAGAAAUCGCUUGGAGCUGAUGACAAGGGAAAUUGAAAUUCCUCUGUGUUUUCCUUUCUUUUCCAAAUAAUUUCAACACCCAAAUUGAAGGGUUCUUGCAAAUUUUAUUUAUUUAUUUAUUUUUCUGAAGUUUAAUUUUG